AUGCCCCACGAGCCGUCGUCAGCAACAGAUUUUGUACAGGACUACGCGGCCAAACGUGCCGCACAGAUUGAGCGCGCCAAAAAGAUUCGAGAAGAGCGGCAGCAACGAAUUACUCGUGAACAGAGACGCUUCUCCCCUUCCGCCUCACGGCAGCACACCGAGGAGGAUAGUAACGGCGUUGAAGGAUUAACGCAGAAGCAACCCCCUGUGGCUCCAUCUGUGCAGUGGGAAUCUGCAGAAGUGCCUCCUUCAGCACCCGGCACACUCACUGGAGGGCGGACGAGCCUCCACCCACCCGCCCGCGCCCGCCGAAUCGCAAAUGUCGUCGAGGAGGACUUCAAGCGAGCGACACGGGCGGGGAUCAUCACUCCCGAUCAGGCACGACAACUUUGGGCCAUGUUAUCUGACCAACUGGUUCAGGUGGAUAAUCCUCAUGCCAAUAGUUUUUCAUCCGCCAGUAUUAGCACACCCGCGGUAUCAACACUUGUUGAAGGAGCGGUUCCAGAGUUCGGAGGUAGUAUUUCAAUGGACUCCCUAAGGGCCUCCAUAGCGCAAUUUAAAGAGCAACAACGGAGGAAACAGCAACAGAUGAUGGGAGGAGAGCCUACGCAGUCAGUGCGAGGCGCCGGUGCAGGUCCCCACGCGGGUAGGGGAAACAACAACAAUAACGGUGCCUUUAACGGCGUCAAUGAGGCGUAUGACGUCGCGACACGCAUGUUCUCACCAGCUGUGACCCACGACACCGCAUUUGGGGCAAACCGUCAAGUGGUGCCGCGUGGCAACAACAAGGAGAGCGGCGGUGGAGUGAUAGAUGAACCACAAGGUGGCGAGGAAGAGUGGGUAUUGCGCCCGAGCCCCACGCCAGCAGCAACGGGGAGGCGAGGGAAGUCACAGAAGCCGGCAUGGAACUAUGAUGUGAGUGUACCGCAUGAAAACGAAGAUAACGGCGGUGGUGGUGCAAUCCGUCAAGCAGCACCUCCUGCACCACAGGGGAAAACUGCGGCUCCAUCACGGACGGCAUUGGCCAAGGGGGCCGGUUCAGGGCAACAAGGAGGUGGUGUAGCGCUGCAGUUCGACGAUAUACCCGUUGGUGGUGGCAACCGUAACAACUUCAGCGAUAGAGAACAUCUCACGAACGAAACGACAGGCGGCUCGCGACCUCCGAAGCAAGGUGUUAAGGCUGGUGAUGGGGCACCCACAACCUCAAAGAAGCACGGGCGCCCACAUGCCACCGGUACGAAUAGUGGGAACAGCAACAAUAACAACACUGCUGUAUCCGGCUACGGGCAACGGCAGGCUGGCGCUUCAGCAGGCGGUGCUGCCUCGUUGGACGAUGUUGUGGUUGGUGGUAGUGGCGGUGGCAUUAGUUACAAUGAUGUAGGCAAGAGCGGAGUAGCGCCUCCACCUCCGGCAAACGAGCCAUUGCUUCCCUGUAACCUAUGCGGGAGAACGUUUCGCUCCUCCAUCUUAGCUCGCCACGAAGCGGCCUGUGCGAAAGUGCAAAAGAAGCGGCGUGUGUUUGACAUGAAGGGGCAACGCUUGGAAGGUAUCGAAGGGAUCCACGAUGUUGCACCAUCGUCCCACAUCUCACACGGCAGAGGCGACGGUGGAACCUUUGGCGCAGGUAAGCAGAACACUACCGCCCAAAUGGGUGGACAAGCCAAACUACCUAAGUGGAAGAUUCAGCAUGAACAGUUUCAGGCCGCAAUGCGCGCGAUGCGGCAGGUGACACCGGAAGAUGCCCCGGGCGGGAAAAGUGGCGCGCAGAGUACCGGUAGCAAAAGUACACAGCAAAGGCAGUUGUCACAACCGGUGCCGUUGCCGGCAGAAUAUGAUGACCGGGUGCCCUGUCCACACUGCGGGCGGAAGUUCGCCCAAAUGACGGCUGAACGGCACAUCCCAAAGUGCGCGACAACAAUAGCAAAGCCCAAAGGACUUCGGCCAACGCGGCGGUAG